UCUACGUUCUUUCUUCACUCAGUGUCGUCAGGAUGAAAACCUUCGUGCUACUAGUUGCUCUGUUCGCUGCGGCUAACGCCGACAUCGAUUGGUCCAAGGUGCGCCCGAUCGAGGAAUUCGAUCACUACUGGGCCCGUCUCCCGCAGGAGCUUCAAAUCUACCGUCAUGCCAUACCAUCGCAUCGUAUCGUCAACGGCCAGGAGGCUACUCCCGGUCAGUUCCCAUACCAGAUUGCUCUGUUGAGCAACUUCCCCACUGGAACUGGUCUGUGCGGAGGUUCCGUGCUCACCAACAACUACAUCCUGACUGCUGCCCAUUGUGUCAUCUCUGGCGCUACGACUCUGGCUCUCGGAGGUACUGCCAUCAUUGGCGCCCAUAACCGUAACGUUGUUGAGCCUACUCAGCAGCGCAUUGAUUUUACGACCGCCGGAAUCGUUGCCCACCCGGGUUAUACUCCGACCAACAUUCGCAAUGACGUCGCCGUUGUUCGUCUGAACUCUCCGAUCACCUUCACCGAUCGCAUCCAGCCUGCUCGUCUACCCGGUCGCUCGGAUACUCGUCAGUUCGGAGGAUUCACCGGAACCGUGUCUGGAUUCGGACGUACAUCUGAUGCCAGCCAGGCUACCUCUGCCGUUGUGAUGUUCACCAGCAACCCGGUCAUGACCAACGCUGACUGUAUUGCCAGCUGGAACAGUGUUCUCAUUGAGCCCCAGAACGUGUGCCUGAGCGCUGAAGGUGGUCGUUCAUCGUGCAACGGUGACUCCGGUGGCCCGCUUGCCGUCCAGGAUGGUGGAAGCCUCCAGAUUGGUAUUGUGUCGUUCGGAUCUGCUGCUGGUUGUGCGGUCGGUAUGCCAUCGGUGUACGCUCGUGUGUCCUUCUUCCUGGACUUCAUCGAGUCCAACUCCGACUUCACUGCUGCUGCUUAAGAUGUUCAAAAUACAAGCUUACGUUUCAUAAAAGGAUAAUCAUAUUUUGUACAUUAUU